AACAUGAUCACCACAAUACUGUUGUUCGGGUUAUCAUUAUUAAUAACCGCGUUAUAUUUAGUGUUCAAGAGAAAGUUUCAAUAUUGGGAGAAAAGGAAUGUGCCACAUUUACCCCCGGUUCUUUUUCUGGGAAACUUUUCAAAGUAUAUUUUGCAGAAGGAAUAUUUUGGACGGACUGCACAGGAAAUAUGUUUGAAAUUCCCGAACGAACCUGUCGUGGGUGCCUACUACGCCACAGAACCAGCUCUGAUCAUCCAGGAUCCUGAAUUCAUCAAGCUCGUGAUCACCAAGGACUUUUAUUUCUUCAAUGGCCGCGAAAUAUCUGAAUUCGGCCAUAGGGAAAGGUUGGCCAAGAACCUUUUCUCUAACUCUGGAGACAGGUGGAAGGUGUUGCGACAGAAUUUGACUCCAAUUUUCACUUCAUCCAAGAUGAAGAACAUGUUUCAUUUGAUCGAGAAGUGUUCCCACGAGUUUGAGGAUUUGCUCGACAGGGAAGCAGAGAAGGCAAAAGAAGUUGAAAUGAGAUCAUUAAUAUCGAGAUUCACUAUGGACUGCAUUGGGAACUGUGCGUUUGGUGUUCACACGAAGACGAUGGAACAAGCGGAAAAUAAUCCAUUCAUGAUAGUUGGCAACUCCUUCUUUUUCCAUAAUUGGUUUAGAAGUUUUACAUUAGUUUUGAGAACUGUUUACCCUUCAAUUUUCUACGCUUUGGGAUGCAAAUUCGUACCAACAGAAGCCGAAGAUUUCUUUACUCAUAUGUUGACUGGAAUUUUUAAAGCACGCGAUUAUAAGCCAACCAGCAGAAAUGACUUCGUUGAUCUCAUGUUGAAAUUGAAGGCAAAUAAGACCAUAGUUGGAGACAGUUUACAGAAUAUGAAGACGGAUGGCGGGAAAAAAGUGGAACUAGAAGUGGAUGAUGAUUUGCUGAUUGCUCAGUGUGGUUUGUUUUUCACAGCAGGUUACGAAACAUCGGCCACCACUUUGAGUUUCACCUUGUUUGAGUUGGCGAAAAAUCCUGAAGCUCAGAAGAGAGCUAUAGCCGAGGUGGACGAUUAUCUGCGGCGACAUAACAAUGAGCUGAAGUACGAGUGCCUUUCGGAGAUGCCAUUUGUAGAAGCAUGCUUUGAUGAGACUCUUCGUUUGUACCCGGUUAUAGGUAUGCUAACUCGAGAAGUAAUGGAAGAUUACACUUUCCCUUCUGGAUUGAAGGUAGAGAAAGGUCUCCGUAUUUUCCUGCCACUGUAUCACUUGCACCAUCACCCGGAGUUCUUCCCGGAUCCCGAGGAGUAUCGGCCGGAGCGGUUCCUGCCUGAGAACAAGCAUAACAUCAGACCGUACACCUACAUGCCUUUUGGAGACGGCCCUAGAAUUUGUAUUGGUAUGAGAUUCGCGAAAAUGCAGAUGACGGCCGGAAUAAUUACUGUGCUGAAGAAAUAUCGCUUGGAACUAGCUCCAGGGAUGAAGACGACCGUAGACUUCACGGCGAAGACUAUUGUCACACAAGCCAUAGGCGGGAUCAAACUGAAUAUGAUAGAAAGAGAAGGAUGGGAACAGAGGGUACUGAAGAACCUAUAAGAUGUAUGAAAUUCUUUCCUAUGAAUGUCUCCAUGGGGAAAAAAAUGUUUACCUAUUCAAACUUCUUUUUCUUCUUCUUGGCGUUUAUCUCAUCUGCUCAUCCGUGAUGGGUCCGCUUUCCGUAUCUUCUUAUUCCACUUCGCUCUGUCCAGAACGUCUUCUUCUUCGAGUUCGCAGAUUUUAAUAUCUACCUAUACGACACUCUUAUACCGCAGUUUUGGCCUGCCUCUGCGUCUUUUACCUGUUCAGACUGAAGUAAUUUAAGUAUUAUACUCUGAACCUGGUUGUCGUCAUGCAAAAAUAUAUUAGCAGUAAAAAAUCAUUAUUGCAACCUUCCUAAUCCCAUAGUCAACUUAUAAAUUGCUGGAGAACAUAUAAAAUCGCUUUGCGAAAUAUUGCCUAGUAGGUUUUUGCUACCUCGUUGUAUUCUUAAGUAAAAAAAUGUAUUAUUGCACUUAGUGACAAAACGCUUAUUAAUUACUAUGCUUUUAAUGUUAUUAUGUACCUUUUUAUGUAAAAUAAAUGAUUGAAUUAUGUAACUUCA